AACAAGAUUUCUGCCAUAAUUUAUACUAAAACAGAAGCUUCAGCUCCUAAAACCAUAUCUGUGAUCCACAUUUCUUCUUCAGAAAACUCAAAAAGUAGUAUUACUGCUUUUGAGUCCAACCAAUCUAAUCCAAAAUUAUUAGGUUUGAUGAAAGCGUGUUCAAUUCACAUGCAAAGACGGCCCUGUUUAACUAACGUUUCGGUCUGGAGCUCAAAACUCUUCACUUAGAAUUUAGAAAGCAAUGUUCUGUUGGGUUUUACUCAUAAGCUGCUCUGUGCAGUUCUUUUGGGCGGGAAACUGAUGGCAUGAACUGGAGUGCCUGUACUGAAUAAGAUUUUGGAGGUUUGGGAUUCUUGCAAGGAUAUUAUUGUUUUUAUUGAUCAGAAACAAUGGCCUUGGCUUCUUCUGUUAAAGUGGUUCUUGGCUCAAUUGCCUUUGCAAUCUUCUGGGUAUUGGCAGUUUUCCCUGCUGUCCCAUUUCUACCAGUUGGGAGGACGGCAGGGUCCUUACUAGGGGCCAUGCUUAUGGUUUUGUUCAGAGUAAUAACUCCAGAUCACGCAUAUGAUGCAAUUGAUCUCCCAAUCCUUGGUCUUUUAUUUGGUACUAUGGUUGUCAGUGUCUAUCUUGAAAGAGCAGAUAUUUUCAAAUAUUUAGGUAAGUUGCUUUCAUGGAAAAGCAAAGGAGCUAAGGACUUAAUUUGUAGAAUCUGCCUGAUUUCUGCCAUUUCAAGUGCUCUUUUCACCAAUGACACCUCUUGUGUGAUCUUGACUGAGUUUGUGUUAAAAAUUGCAAGGCAACAUAAUCUACCCCCUCAUCCAUUUCUGCUUGCCCUUGCCUCAAGUGCAAAUAUAGGGUCUGCAGCGACUCCAAUUGGAAAUCCUCAAAACCUGGUUAUAGCAGUUCAGAGUAAAAUUUCCUUUGGGGAUUUUGUCCUUGGAAUUCUACCCGCAAUGCUAGUGGGAGUCUUAGUGAAUGCUUUACUUCUUCUAUGCAUGUACUGGAAAUUGUUAUGUGUUCAGAAGGAUGAAGAAGACGCAACUGGAGAAGUUGUAGCUGAAGAAGAUGUGAUUUCUCAUAGGUUUUCACCAGCUACAAUGUCGCAUUUUCCGUCUUUGAACUCUCAAGAAUGGAACUCAAGAUUGGAAUCCAUGAAUGUGCAAAGCUCUCCCAACGGGAAUGGAAGCACAGCUCAUCUUGACACCCUUAGAAACCGAGUAAUUUCAGCUGAUCAGAAUGAAAUCCAGAGGGUACCUAGUGGUGCAACUGAUUCUGCAAAGAAUUCAAAUGCAUCAAAGGAGGCAACAGCAGAUGCUGUUGCUUUAAAGAUGAUUGCAACAGCGGAUAGCUUGAAAGACGUACUUUCUGUGCAAUCUUCAGAAGAAAAGGAAAACUUAUCCACAAGGUGGAAAAGGAGGUUUUGGAAAUUCUGUGUUUACUUUGUUACCGUAGGGAUGCUGAUUUCUCUGCUUAUGGGUCUCAAUAUGUCCUGGACUGCAAUUACCGCAGCACUUGCUCUUGUGGUUCUUGAUUUCACGGAUGCUCGGCCUUGCCUAGAAAAGGUGUCCUAUUCGCUUUUAAUUUUCUUCUGUGGAAUGUUUAUCACGGUCGAGGGGUUCAACAAAACUGGAAUUCCAAGUAGCCUUUGGUACUUGAUGGAACCCUAUGCAAAGAUCAAUCAUGUUUCAGGGAAAGCAGUUCUAGCCAUUGUAAUACUUGUCCUGUCGAAUUUGGCUUCAAAUGUACCAACUGUUCUCUUGCUUGGAGGGCCAGUGGCAGCAUCGGCAGCUGCAAUUUCUGCAUCUGAUGGGAAGAAAGCAUGGCUUAUUUUAGCCUGGGUUAGUACUGUUGCUGGGAACUUGUCACUAUUGGGAUCAGCUGCUAACUUGAUAGUUUGUGAACAAGCUCGUCGUACUCCACACCUUGAAUACACAUUGUCCUUCUGGAAACACCUUAAGUUUGGAGUUCCUUCCACGCUUAUAGUCACUGCUAUUGGUUUGACACUCAUUAGAUGAUUAAAUAAAUGUACUUAAAUAAGAGGCUUAUAUAAUAAGAAUGGAAGAAAUCCCGCUUCUAGUUUCUUUUGAGCAUUUCUCUCUAGAGAUUGGGGAAGAUCAAAAGCUGCAAUGUUUCACAAAUGAGGCAUGGUAACUGGCAGCAAAUGUAAAUUGGCUUGCUCAAAUUUUUUUUUCAAAUUGACUAGCUAUGAACUGAUUGAUGUGAGACGCUUGAGGGAUAUCAAAGCAUGAUUUCGAAUCAGAUUUUUUUUUUCUUGUGUUAAGACUUUGUUCUCGUAACGUAUGGUUUUAAACUUUUUCUUCUAGCAAAAAUGGAAGAAAGAAAG